AUGUUUAGUGCGAAUAGCAUUGAAUAUGUGAUAGGUCAAUUUGCAGUUUAUCUAUUGGGCAAUACCUUCUCACCCGUCAAACCAACUAACGGUGUCUUUGAGUUGAGGAACCAAUUGAAAGAUAGCGGCGCUUCUGUUGUCUUCACUUCUGUGGCCAACGCUUCCAUCGUUGAGAAGAUUCUUAACGACAAAAGCGAUGAUUUGGUUAAAAAGCAAAUCAAAUUAGUUAUUGUAUUAGACGGCAGUUAUCAACCAUUUAAUAAAAUACCACAUUUUGAUGUCAAACCCAAUGAGGAUAUCUUUAUAAUCGGUUAUACCUCUGGAACAACUGGUGUACCAAAAGUUUAUGGACUGACAGAAUAUAUGACUCCCGUCACUGGAGGACUCAAUGGAUCAGUGGGUUUGGUGGGCAGUAACACUGAAAUGAAGUUUAUAGAUCUAAAAACUGGUCAAAGUCUGGGUCCAAAUCUACCCGGAGAGAUAUGUGUGAGGGGUUGCAAACUAUUCGCUGGAUACCUGAAUAAUGAGGUACAGACUAAAGCAGCUAUUGAUAGCAAUGGUUGGUUACAUACGGGAGAUAUUGGAUACUAUGAUGAAAAUAACAAAAUUUUUAUAACGGACCGAAUCAAAGAGUUAAUUAAAUACAAGUCGUGGCAUGAAUCUGAUGGACAACAUCCCAGAGCUUAUGUCAGAGUCAAAGAUACGAAACAUGUUUCCCAACAGGAAUUGAUUGAAUUUGUUGAAAGCAUGAAUCUGAUGGACAACAUCCCAGAGCUUAUGUCAGAGUCAAAGAUACGAAACAUGUUUCCCAACAGGAAUUGA